AUGGCCGGCUCUGCAGCAGAGGAGAAAAACUUCCGACGGUUCCUGGAGCUCCUUCUCCGGGAGAUGAGAAUGCCUCUGCAGGAGACCGACCCGGUGCCGACGCGCCCCUUGUCGGACCUGGUGACCGAGGACGAGGUGGAGGGGGAAUGCCUCGACCUGUGUCUCCAGUUCCUCUACAAAUAUAACUGCCCAUGCUCCCUGGCUGCAGCCCUGGCCAGAGCCACAGCAGACAGCAUGCUGCAGACUGACCUCUCCAUCCAUCACCUCAAUAAGACUGUGGAAGAUGGAGCUGACCCAUUACCACAGAUGGACUCUGUGAAGUUUGCCCGGCUGGUGUUUAACAGACUGUUUGAGAUGUGCUGCCUCUGGAUGAAGGAGCUGCCCUUCCGCCGCCGUCCACAGCCAUACUACGAAACCUCCAUCCACGCCAUCAAGAACAUGAGGCGCAAGAUGGAGGACAAGCACAUUAUCAUCCCUGAUUUCAACACACUCUUCAACCUUCAGGAUCUGGAAGAACAGGCUUUCUUUGCUGUGUUUGACGGGCAUGGCGGUGUGGAUGCUGCCAAUUAUGCCGCUAACCACCUCCAUGUCAACUUAGUGCAUCAGGAAUCCUUCAGCCAGGACCCAUCAGAUGCACUCUGCAGAGCCUUCAAAGUGACUGAUGAACGCUUCGUAAAGAAGGCCGCACGAGAACACCUGCGUUGUGGCACAACAGGCGUGGUGACGUUCCUGCGGGGCCGGACGUUGUAUGUGGCCUGGCUGGGAGACUCGCAGGUCAUUCUGGUCAGGAAAGGACAGGUUGUGGAGCUGAUGAAACCACAUAAACCAGACAGAGAGGAUGAGAAGCAGAGGAUUGAAGCUCUGGGAGGCUGCGUGAUCUGGUUCGGCACAUGGAGGGUUAAUGGCAGUCUGUCUGUAUCCAGAGCGAUAGGCGACUCAGAGCACAAGCCCUACAUCUGUGGUGAUGCAGACCAUAGCACCUUCCCACUGGACGGCUCAGAAGACUACUUGAUUCUGGCCUGUGAUGGCUUCUGGGACACAGUGAAUCCAGAUGAGGCGGUGCGGGUGGUCAGUGACCACCUCCUGGAGAAUACCGGAGAUACCACUAUGGUAGCCCACAAGCUGGUGGCCUCAGCCCGAGAUGCGGGCUCUAGUGAUAACAUCACUGUCAUAGUGGUCUUCCUGAGGGACCCACGCUCACCACCACCCACCAGCACCGACGAUGAUGAGGAGGGCGCGAUGGAGCGAGAAGUGGAGGAGGAGCAGGUAGCAGAGGUUGAAGAGGAGGAACAGGAAGAGGAAGAGGAGGAGGAAGAGGCAGUCAGGGUACAGCGCGAUGGUCGAGAGGGAGGCAGCAAUGCAGACAUCGGGGGGAAAAGUCGUGGCGGUUGGCCCCUGCAGCAAUGCUCCGCCCCCGCUGACCUCGGCUAUGAAGACCGAACGGACUCGUUCACGGACAGAACUAGCCUCAGCCUUCUGGGGCCGUCGUUGGAGGGCCGCAUCUCCCUGACCCGGGGCUUACAGCAGCCCUGCUUCAAUUUCAGCCCUGAUCUCUUCACAGCCUCUCACAUCUACCAAGAGAAUCGCCCCCUGAGGCGCAGGUCCUGUAUCCCUUUUCAGGAGUCCAGCAUUGCUGGCUUCACGGACCCACUGUGGCCCCAGACAGCCACGCUGUUCGGCCAGGCAGUGAGACGAAGCCGUAGAGUUGAGUAUGGUAGUCGCCGGUGGAGCCGGAGGUGGCCAGGCAGAUCCAGGGAGAUGCUAGGCCUGUUACCCUCUGGCCACUUGCUGCCCCACACGCAGCGCUGCUCCAACUGGAGGCCUGGAGUGGCUGUGCCUCAACUGCCCCACGAUGCCACCAUCUGA